UAAUCAUCACCAGCGCGGCGCUGUGCAUGGAAAGAGUGCAAUGUGCAAUCCCGGAAUUCCGUCUGCGCCCAACUCGAGAGACAAGCAGGCAAGCAGCAGCGGGAGGGAGGGGUGGAGCGCACCUGCCCAAGCAAUCCAAGCUGCCCUGCGCGCCGAAGUUCCGGGGCGGCGCUCCUGGAAUUUUCAGCCAAUCACAGUGCACACUCAAAAAGUUCCACCACCUCCAACGCACACCACACCUCCGUCGUCUAUUCCUGUAGCCCACAUUCCCACGCAUUCAACCGUAGACUACUAUGUCAGAACGCGGCAAUUUCAGAGGCGGUGGCGGCGGUGGGCGAGGAGGACGCGGCGAUCGCGGAGGACGAGGGGGCGGUGAGCGAGGAGGGCGUGGCGGAGGGAAUCAAGCCGGCGGAGGUGGUGGUGCUGCUCCCGCCGCGGAGCGCAAGAAGGAGAACAUCCUCGACUUGACCAAGUACAUGGACAAGGAGAUUACGGUGAAGUUCAACGGAGGCCGAGAGGUGACCGGCACGCUCAAGGGCUACGACCAAUUGAUGAAUCUGGUUUUGGACAAUGUGAAGGAGAUUACCAGAGACGAUGAAGGGAACAUGAGCACGCGCUCACUCGGCCUGCUCGUAGCACGCGGCACGCUGCUCGUGUUGAUCUCGCCAGUCGACGGGAGCGAGGAGAUUGCGAAUCCCUUUGUGCAAGCGGACGAUGAUGAGUGAUGCUGCGCAAUGCCAGGAAGGCAGGGUACCGAUGCUUGUCAGACGAUAGCCACUGCGCGGUUGAGGGAGUGCUGGCAAGCGAACCUCAUGGACGCGCAUAGAUGGAGUGAAUGCCGCUGUGCUCGUGCUGGAGAGCCGUACAGAUGCAGCGAGAACUUAUGGGGCGAGAAACGACGGACGAAGUAAGGAAGAGAGCAGACAUCGGCCGUGGAUUUGCCCAAUUCAUUAUCGGCGGCCUCAAGUCCCAAGCUGAAAA